AUGGCUUCUUCUUCGUCUCAAAAUUCGUUCGUUACGUACAGAGAUGAAAAGAAGGAAACUUCGCUCGACGCGGUUCCAGUCUUCUCGAAAGGAGAAACCGUCUACCGAAACGCAUCACAUAAAGACAAACUUUUAACCGGAUUUCCGUUUCCCGACGACGAUUGCAAAACGCUCGGGGAUAUCUGGGAAUCCGCGUUUAAGAAGUAUCCAAACAGGCCUCUCUUAGGAACGCGCUCGAUGGACGAACGUACCGGACACCCGGGGAAGUACGAGUUCAACACGUACGGAGACUUUGAGCUCGUUCGGACAAAAAUAGCGGCUGGGAUAACCGCGUUAGGGUGCACGUCCUCGCAGACGUUUGGUUUGUAUUCGAUUAACCAACCGGAGUGGGUGGCGUGCGAGGCGGCGUGUACGAGGCAGAAUAUCGUGUCCGUGCCUUUGUACGAUACGUUAGGACCGGACGCGGUGGAGUAUAUUUUAAACCACGCGGAGUGCGUCGGAGUGGCGUGUUCGAAGGUGGUUUUGCACACGCUUUUGAACGUCAUUCACAGGUGCGAGACGGUGAAAUUCGUCAUCGUGUACGGGAACGAAAACGGACCGCCCGGGGCGAUUCCGGCGAAAACAGCCAACGGGAGGGUGACGAUUAAAACUUUCGAGGAGGUGUUGAUUUUAGGAAGCGCGAAACCAGUCGCGCCAGUGAGAGCGCACGAAAACGACGUGGCGACGAUUUGUUACACGAGUGGUACCACUGGGGACCCGAAAGGCGUCGUGUUGACGCACUUGAAUUUAUGCUCCAACGCCGCCGGGUACUCGUACGAUUUGAAUAUCGGGAUCGGGGAUAUUCACGUGUCGUAUUUACCUUUGGCGCACAUUUACGAACGGGUAACGUUUAUGGUGUGCGUUAUGGGCGGUGCUGCGGUUGGAUUCUAUCGCGGCGACGUGCUCGGAUUAUUGGACGACGUGCAAGCGUUGAAGCCGACUAUUUUUUGUUCCGUCCCGAGACUGUGGAAUAGAAUUUACGAUAAAGUGAACGCCGGCGUUGCGGAAGGAUCGCCAAUCGCUCGGAUGUUGUUCGCAAAAGCCUACGCGAGUAAGAAAUACGCGUUUGAAAACGGCAAACCUCCGAAUCCGUUUUGGGAAAAACUCGUGUUUUCAAAACUGAAAGCGAAAUUGGGAGGUCGCGUGCGAUACAUGUCCUCUGGAUCCGCACCCAUCGGCGGUCACGUCAUUGAGUUCUUGCGGAUAUGUUUUGGCGCGGUCGUUUUUGAAGGUUACGGGAUGACGGAAUCCGCGUGCGUCAUUUCCAAAACGAACGAACGAGAUUUCUCUACUGGUCACGUCGGCGCGCCGGCGCCGUGUUGCGAGAUCAAACUCGACGACGUUCCCGAGAUGAAUUAUAGGAAAAGCGAUAAACCGUACCCGCGAGGCGAGGUGUGCGUGAGAGGUCCAUCAGUUUUUGCCGGCUACUUUAAAUCGCACGAGCAAACGCGAGAGUGUUUGGACGAAGUUAACGGGUGGUUGAAAACCGGCGACAUUGGGAUGAUGUUACCCGGCGGUCGGUUAAAAAUUAUCGAUCGUAAGAAGAACAUUUUCAAAUUGGCGCAAGGCGAAUACGUCGCGCCGGAAAAGAUUGAAGCCGCGUACGGUCGGUCGCCGUUAGUUGCGCAAUCAUUCGUGUACGGCGAUUCGUUGCAAGCGAGCUUAGUUGCCAUUGUCGUCCCAGAUGAGGAAGUUCUAGCGCAAUACGCGAAAGCGAAUGGAUUGAUGAAAGGCGGCGGCGCGCCGACGCUAAGAGACAUGUGCGAGAACGAAGCGAUUAAAAGAGCCGUGUUCAAUUCCAUGAAUAAGGCUGCGAACGAAUCAAAGUUGAAAGGAUUUGAACGCGCGAAACGGAUUCACUUACACGGCGAGUUAUUUUCCGUGGAGAAUGGAUUGAUGACGCCAACGUUUAAGUUGAAACGACCGCAAGCGAAGGAGGCGUUUUUACCAGUCAUCGAAGCGAUGUACGAAAGUUUGCGGUAA